GGUGAGAGAGAGAGAGAGAGAGAGAGAGAGAGAGAGAGAUGAGUUGGUUGCUGAGAAUUGUGUUUCCACCUCCUCCAUCCAUCUUCAUCGGAGCUAUUUCCGUCAUCAGCUUAGUAUUUACAGUUCAUCUUAGUUACUCAGAGAUAAGAGGCAAACACGUUCCGUACUCGAAGUUCUGGAACGUAAAUCUACAGAAGAAGAAGAAGAAGGAGGUUACAGUAUACAGCAGAACAGGCAUGGUUAUCUCGUAUACUCCGGCCUUUCUAGCUUGUAUUGCCUCUUUUGCCAUUUUCCCACAUGAAGGGCUCAGGUUUAUGCUUGUCCGUUCAGCCCUCGCCAUUCAUUUCUUCAAGAGGAUCUUAGAGGUGCUGUUUAUUCACAAAUAUAGUGGAAGGAUGGUUCUUGAUUCUGUCAUUCAGAUCACCCUCAGCUAUUUCAUCUAUGCAACAUGUAUGAUCUACGCCCAACACUUGACACAAGGAAUCCCUGAACCAGCAGUUAAUCUGAAGUAUGUAGGGGUUGCCCUGUUCUUAGUUGGAAUUGGUGGAAACUUUUACCACCAUUACCUCCUUUCAAGACUAAGGGGGGAAGGUGACCAUGGGUAUAAGAUCCCUAAGGGGGGGUUGUUCAACCUUGUGAUUUGUCCACACUAUCUUUUUGAAAUUUUAGGUUUUAUAGGAGUGUGCUUCAUCUCCCAGACUCUUUAUUCGUUUUCAUGCACUAUGGGUAGCAUUCUCUACUUAAUGGGAAGGAGUUAUGCCACCAGAAAAUGGUACUUUUCCAAAUUUGAGAAUUUCCCAAAGGAAGUCAAGUGUCUGAUCCCUUUUAUUUUCUAA